AGUGUCCUGGGCCAGCCAAUGACUAAGACUGGCCCCCUCUACACCCCACCCUCACUGACCCUACGGACUGUCUACUCAGUCUGCCCCGAAACCGCCUAGUGACCAAGACUUUGGACCAGGUAGUGACUGACUGACGUCGCUGCCCAGAUGGCCUCCAGGUUGACCCCGCUGACCCUCCUCCUACUUCUGCUGCUGUCUGGGGAUAGAGCAUCCUCAGUUCCAGAAGCUACCAGCCCUAGCAUCAAGGACCCACUGAGCUCUCAAGAGGAAAGCAAGGGCAUCUUCCCUGGAGAUGCUGCCUGGGUUCAGCACACUGAGCGUGCAGUGGAGUCUUCCACCUGGUCAACAACCAAAACAACGUCUGACACCUCGGAUGAACUCAACACCCAGUCCUUCACCCAGUACACCCAACCAGCCUCCCAGCCCCCUACAGAUUCUCCCAGCCAGCCCCCAACAGACAUUUCUAGCCAGCCCUCUACAACCACAGAUUCUCCUAGUCAGCCUCCCACAGAUUCUUCCAGCCAACCCUCCACAGUCACAGAUUCUCCCACACAGGUCCCUCCUGAACCUUUCUGUCCAGAGCUGCUCUCUCCCUGCUCCGAUUUGGACAGGGUCUCUGCAGAGGUCACACUGGGGGAGGCUUUGACAGAUUUCUCCCUGAAGCUCUACGAGGCCUUCUCAGCUACCAAGAAGGCUGAGACAAACAUGGCCUUCUCCCCAUUCAGCAUCGCCAGCCUCCUCACACAGGUCCUGCUUGGGGCUGGGAACAGUACCAAGAGCAAUCUGGAGCACAUCCUUUCCUACCCCAAGGACUUUGCCUGUGUCCACCAGGUCCUGAAGGCAUUCUCAUCCAAGGGUGUCACCUCAGUCUCUCAGAUUUUUCACAGCCCAGACCUGGCCAUAAGGGAUACCUUUGUGAACGCCUCUCAGAGCCUGUAUGGCAGCAGCCCUAGAGUCCUGGGCACAGACAGUGAUGCCAACUUAGAACUCAUCAACAGCUGGGUAGCUGAGAACACCAACCACAAGAUCAGUCAUCUGCUAGAUGACCUGCCCUCUGACACCCGUCUUGUCCUUCUCAAUGCUGUCUACCUGAGUGCCAAAUGGAAGAAAACGUUUGAGAAAAAAAAAAUGAUGGGCUCUUUCCACUUCAAAAACUCCGUGAUCAAAGUGCCCAUGAUGAGUAGCAAGAAGUACCCUAUGGCCCAUUUCAACGACCAGACUUUGAAAGCCAAGGUGGGGCAGCUGCAGCUCUCCAACAACCUGAGCUUUGUGAUCAUGGUGCCCCAGAGCCUGAAGCAUAAACUUGAAGACAUGGAAGAAGCUCUCAGCCCCACUGUCUUCAAAGCCAUCAUGAGGAAGCUGGAGCUCUCCAAGUUCCAACCCACUUACCUGAUGAUACCUCGCAUCAAAGUCAAGAGCAGCCAAGACAUGCUGUCGAUCAUGGAGAAACUGGAAUUCUUUGACUUCACUUACAAUCUCGACCUGUGUGGACUGACAGAGGACCAGGAUCUUCAGGUGUCUGCAAUGCAGCACCAGACAGUAGUGGAGCUGACAGAGACUGGUGUGGAGGCAGCUGCGGCUUCUGCCAUCUCUGUGGCCCGCAGCUUGCUCAUCUUUGAGGUGCAGCAGCCCUUCCUCUUCCUGCUCUGGGACCAGGAGCACAAGUUCCCAGUCUUCAUGGGCCGAGUUUAUGACCCCAGGGCCUGAAACCUGAAGGUCUCAGGCUCCAGUAAGCCCUGCCACCCAAGCCACCAAACUUUCCCAGUUAACUGCCUUUCCAUAGUCUGCCCCAGCCACUCCAACAUAAAGGGUUCCUUUAGGAUCUGGCAGGGGACCUGAUCCCUGUGGCACUGCCAUGCUCGCUAAAGUACUUUUGCAGCUUUUAUUGUUUCAAGUUCACCAGACUGUACAAAUAAAGCUUGCAGACACUGUC